GGUGCCACGUCUGGUCUGCGGGAUUGUGACGUCAGGACGUUAGUGCUACGCUAAGUGAGCUCCUUCUGUCCCCAGCUUCUCUUCUCCGGUUGUUUGUCGCCCGAAGUGCAGAGCGGAUGACCGACCGCGAACCGCAGCGAAGCCACACCAAAGCGACGCCAUGGAGGUCGUGGACAGCCCGCUGAACCUCGCCCACCAGCAGUGCAGGAAGGCAGAGCGGUUGGUUGUUGCUGGGAAGUAUGAAGAGGCCGUUUCCUGCCAUGGAAAAGCAGCAGAUCUUCUCACAGAAGCCAUGAAGUCCACAGAGUGUGAGCAGGCCCGUCUGUCCAUGGAGCUUCAGAGGGACAGCCACAUCAAGCAGCAGCGGCUGAUCCAGGAGCGUUGGAAGAGGGAGGUCCGACGCGAGGCCACCAAGGCCAGGCCGGGCCCCCUGACCAGAACCCUGUCCUCAGCCGGGCCCCCGGCUCCCGGAUCAGCUGACGUCAGCAGAGCAGUCGGCGAGCGAGAGUACGACACUCUGCUGUACCAGUUCCAGGUGCGGCAGGGCGGCAGCUGCCCACCGGCGGCCGCACCCUGCCCCGGCUCCAAAACCACCAAGGAUGAUAAAACCCGGCUGGAGGAGCAGCAGACCACCAUAGAGGACCUGCGGCGCCUGGUGGACCACCUGAUGAACGAGAACCAGCGGCUCACGGCCGACAAUGCGCGGCUGCGUUUGGAGAAUGCGCGGCUGCAGUCCGAGGCGGCCGACUUCGUGGAACGCUCCGAGCUCUGGGUCCUCCCGCACACAGGGGGCGCCGGCGGGCAGGAGGGGAAGAACUCUGGGAAGAGCAAAGGCAUCGCCAUCCCUCCGCUGCCGCCGCUGGAGAUGCCGGCGCAGGUGGAUCUGUGUCUGGACGACUUGCCGCCGCUGGAGCUGCCAGACGACAUCAAGAACGAACUGCAGGAGCUGCUGGAUCGAGACAAAAUGUGAUGCGUCGGCCCCGCCCGCUGCCAUCAUCAUCAUCCUCAUCCUGGACCAGGAACAUGUUCAGGUUCUGUUGAUCAUGAGGGGAAAUAUCAAUGACACAAAGCAGCCAGGAGAUGAUAAUCCCUGCAGAUUAUAAACUGAGCCAGUAUGCGCCAUGAGCGGGUCAGAACACCCGGCGGUACCUGGUGCCCCGCCCACGGACGCUCUGGAAUCAUUGGACCUCAGAUUAGCUUCAUGGUGGAUGAUCUCCGCUUUAAUCAGGUCAUUAAUAAUCAACAUGGCUGCAUCUGGUUUUAUGCUAGCAGGCAGAAAUUAAAGCUGUUCAUCAUCGA